AACUUUUCUUCUUCUUCUCCUGCUGCUGCUUCUGCUUCCCGCCAGAAAAGAAAGGUCAGCCACAGCUUUCGCUAUUUCUCAAAAACCCUAGAAAAUCAAAUCCUCCAAAAACCUGUACACGCCGACCACCACCACCGCCUCGCUAUGUAUUGGCUGGCCACUCGAAACGGCGUCGUCUGCCGUCCUCUGGCACUUCUUCUCCGCUCCCCUCCUCGUAAAUGCAGCUCCGUCAGCCCCUCUCCGAUGCUCAUUGGACAGUUUCGGAGGAUUCAUUGUUUCAAAGACCAAAAGGUUUUACGAGGAAGCAGAAAAACUACCAAGAAACUUAAUGCCUUGAAUGAUUUCCUGGAUGAGAGAGCUGUUUCUAACAUAUUGUGGUGGAAGGAGAGGAUGCAGUUGUGCAGGAAGCCUUCAACUGUCCAGCUGGUGAAAAGGCUUGAUUAUUCUAAUUUGCUAGGCUUGGAUGUCAACUUAAAAAAUGGGAGUCUGAAAGAGGGAACACUCAAUUCGGAGAUCUUGCAGUUCAAGUCAAAGUUUCCACGUGAAGUUUUGCUCUGCAGAGUUGGUGACUUUUAUGAAGCCUUAGGAAUAGAUGCUUGUGUAUUGGUUGAAUAUGCAGGUUUGAAUCCUUUUGGGGGUCUGCGUUCAGAUAGUAUCCCAAGAGCUGGUUGCCCAGUUGUGAAUCUUCGACAAACUUUGGAUGAUCUGACACGGAAUGGGUUUUCAGUGUGCAUAGUGGAAGAAGUUCAGGGUCCAACACAAGCGCGUUCCCGUAAAGGUCGUUUUAUAUCUGGGCAUGCACAUCCCGGUAGUCCUUACGUUUUCGGACUUGUUGGGGUCGAUCACGAUCUUGACUUUCCAGAACCAAUGCCUGUAGUUGGAAUAUCUCGUUCUGCUAGAGGUUAUUGCAUUAACUUUGUAUUGGAAACCAUGAAAACUUAUUCGUCAGAGGAUGGUUUGACUGAAGAAGCCUUGGUUGCUAAGCUCCGUACUUGUCGGUACCAUCAUUUAUUCCUGCAUACGUCAUUGAGGAACAAUUUCUCAGGCACUUGUCGUUGGGGUGAAUUUGGUGAGGGAGGCCUUCUAUGGGGAGAAUGUAGCGGUAGGCAUUUUGAAUGGUUUGAAGGCAAUCCUGUGUUUGAGCUUUUGUCUAAGGUUAGAGAUUUAUAUGGUCUUGAUAAUGAAGUUACAUUUAGGAAUGUCACUGUGUCUUCAGAAAACAGACCCCAGCCCCUAUCCCUAGGAACAGCGACUCAAAUUGGUGCCAUACCAACUGAGGGAAUACCUUGUUUGUUGAAGGUGUUGCUUCCUUCAAACUGCUCAGGCCUACCUGUACUGUAUGUUAGAGAUCUUCUUCUUAAUCCUCCUCCUUAUGAUAUAUCUUCCACAAUUCAAGCAACAUGCAGACUUAUGAGCAGCAUUGCUUGCUCGAUUCCUGAGUUCACUUGUGUUUCACCUGCAAAGCUGGUGAAACUUCUGGAACUCAGGGAGGCCAAUCAUAUUGAGUUUUGCAGAAUUAAAAAUGUUCUCGAUGAAAUACUGCACAUGCAUAAAAAUCCUGAGCUGGGUAAGAUUCUGAAGUUGUUGAUGGAUCCUACAUGGGUGGCGACUGGGUUGAAAAUUGACUUUGAGACAUUAGUUAAUGAAUGUGAAUGCGCUUCUGAUAGAAUUGGUGAAAUGAUCUCCCUGGAUGGUGAACAUGAUCAAAACCUUAGUUCCUUUCCUGUUGUUCCUAGCGAUUUUUUCGAGGAUAUGGAGUGUUCUUGGAAGGGUCGUAUAAAGAGAAUCCAUAUAGAGGAGGCAUUUGCAGAAGUGGAAAAGGCUGCUGAGGCCUUAUCCCUAGCAGUCACUGAAGAUUUCAUGCCCAUUGUAUCUAGAAUAAAGGCUACCACAGCUCCACUUGGAGGCCCGAAGGGGGAAAUAUUAUAUGCGCGGGAGCAUGAAGCUGUUUGGUUUAAGGGAAAACGAUUUGCUCCAGCUGUUUGGGCUGGCACCCCUGGGGAAGAACAAAUUAAACAGCUUAAACCUGCUUUAGAUUCAAAAGGUAGAAAGGUCGGAGAAGAGUGGUUUACUACAAUGAAAGUGGAGGAUGCUUUAACAAGGUACCAUGAAGCAGGGGCGAAAGCAAAAACAAGGGUUUUGGAGUUGUUGAGAGAACUUUCUUCUGACUUACAAGCAAAGAUCAAUAUCCUUGUCUUUGCCUCAAUGCUUCUAGUUAUUGCAAAGGCAUUAUUUGCUCAUGUGAGUGAAGGGAGAAGAAGGAAAUGGGUUUUUCCUGCCCUUGGAGAGUCCAGUUGGUCUAAGAAUGUGAAACCAUUGAGGGGAGAAAAUAGAAUGGUGAUAGUUGGUCUAUCACCAUACUGGUUGGAUGUAGCAGAAGGCAGCGCUGUAAAUAACACUGUGGAUAUGCAAUCAUUGUUCCUUUUAACUGGACCCAAUGGUGGUGGUAAAUCAAGUCUGCUACGAUCAAUUUGUGCUGCUGCAUUACUUGGAGUUUGUGGGUUUAUGGUGCCUGCACAGUCUGCCUCGAUUCCUCAUUUUGAUUCUAUUAUGCUUCACAUGAAAUCUUAUGACAGCCCCGCUGAUGGGAAAAGCUCCUUUCAGGUGGAAAUGGCAGAAAUUCGGUCUAUUGUUUCUGGAGCCACUAAAAGAAGCCUUGUACUUGUAGAUGAAAUUUGUCGAGGAACAGAAACAGCUAAGGGAACAUGUAUUGCUGGUAGUAUUGUUGAAACUCUUGAUGCAAUAGGAUGUCUUGGUAUCAUAUCUACUCACUUGCACGGGAUAUUUAGCUUGCCUCUUAAUACAAAGAAUACGGUGCAUAAAGCAAUGGGAACUGUAUAUGUUGAUGGACAACCAAAACCAACCUGGAAAUUGAUGGACGGCAUAUGUAGAGAAAGCCUUGCAUUUGAAACGGCUAAGAAGGAAGGAAUUCCUGAAACAAUAAUUGAAAGAGCUGAAGGCCUGUACCAUUCAGUUUAUGCGAAGGAGGUGAUUCGAGGAAAGAUUGACUCAAAACUAGAAGAGUUCUGUUCCACAGGUUUUAAUAAUUUUGAUAGGUCUCAUCCUCAAUCAAGUAGUCCAAGAGUUGAAGCUGUCGAUGGGACAGGAUCAGUGAACAAUAUGGAAGUCUUACAGAAGGAGGUUGAGAGUGCAAUCACCUUGAUUUGCCAAAAAAAGCUGAUUGAGCUCGACAACGAAAAGACAUCAGAACUUACUGAUAUACAGUGUGUUCCAAUUCAUGUCAGGGAACAGCCACCUCCAUCUACCGUAGGUGCUUCAUGUGUGUAUGUGAUUUUCAGACCUGAUAGGAAACUAUAUGUUGGACAGACGGAUGAUUUGGAGGGUCGGGUGCGCACACAUCGUUCAAAGGAAGGAAUGCAAAAGGCAAAUUUUCUUUAUUUCACUGUCCCGGGGAAGAGCUUGGCUUGCCAAUUAGAGACUCUUCUCAUCAACCAGCUCCCUAAUCAAGGCUUCCAUCUCAGUAAUGUGGCUGAUGGUAAACAUAGGAAUUUUGGCACCUCCAACAUUUCCUUGGAAGGUGUGAAAGUUUGUCCAUAAACCUUCUCCUGUUUCUUUUUGUACAUUGAACUUUUGGUAGGUUAAAGGAGAGUGGUUAGCAUUUCUGCAAUCUGUAUAUGUAUGCACUUGUAGUAGUGGCUGCAACAAUUUUGUUUUUGCUCUGUUGCUCCACUCAUCUAGUUUAUCACCCCAGCAGAUGGGGUGAAAUCUUGUAACUGAUAAUGUACUAUUUAUUCAAUUUUUUAGUCUUUACCCGAUCAUCAAUA